GCUUGCAGGUUAUUAAAUGAUAACGUAACUUAGCUGUCGUGUGUGGAAACUGGCUAAGGUUAGCUUUUUACUGGAGCCCCUGUCAAUGUUUGCCACGUCCUCUGUCAAAUUUAGCGGUGUCGUUGCGAAAUAUCUUGUGUUAUUGCGUUCAUCGACAAUUCGUUGUCAUUGACAGUAGAUUAAAGAGUAUUUGCUCGUGUCAGCUGUUUUACCCCACAGUGAGCCUAGACUUACCAAAGUCACUCUACGUAUGUGGCGAGAUAAACAAAAGGUUGCGAAAUAUUUUGUUUUGGCAGAAAGUCUUUUCUGUUCCACGACAGGAAGCCAGCGUGCUGACUUGUCAUUGUUGACAAGUCAAGGAUAGCUUCAGCGACAUACGGACAGAAGUUUGUUGUGUUAGGCUAGAAUUUCGAAAAACAGUGUCCCAAUGCAAUAGAUUGAAAAAAAUAUUGGCCUGUGGCCAAUGGUCACAUAAGUUACGUUUUAGGUUUAAAAAAAAUCUCGAUACAUUGUUGUAAAUUAAGUGAUUUGACAGACCAGAACUAACAUGAAAGUGGUUUUGGACAAGGUCGUCAGGGAGAUAUCGAAAGGCCCACCAACAAUGCAGGAAAGCUGAUCGCUUAUUGGCAGCUGGGAAAUAUGAAGAAGCCAUAGUGUGCCAUAGGAAAGCUGCAGAUCUCCUGAAAGAGGCCAUGAAGCUCACAGAAUGUGAACAGGCGCGCCUGUCUCUGGAGCUGCAGAGGGACAGCCAUGUCAAACAGCAGCGGCUCAUUGAGGAGAAGUGGAAGCGAUCCAAGCGGGAGGCCAAGCCCCGGCCCAGCCAGCCGCCAGCAGCAGCAGCAGCCGCUGCCCCCUCAUCCUCCGACACCAAGAGCCUCCAGCUGCUACAGCAACAAGGCCUGAGUGCCUCCCAGCCACCCCUCUCCCCGGCCCUGGACCCCACGCAGGUCCCCGAGCGCGAGUACGACACCUGGCUCUACCUGCUGAAGCACAAGGGCGCCCCGCGGCCGGCGCCCGACGCCUGCCCGCCGGCGGGCAGCAAGGCGCAGAAGGACGACAAGACGCGGCUGGAGGAGCAGGAGGAGACCAUCGUGCAGCUGCGGGCGCUGGUGGACACGCUGGUGGGCGAGAACGAGCGGCUGCGGCGCGACGCAGAUGCCCUGCGUGCCGAGAACGAGCGGCUCAGGCGUCGCGAGAGGGAACGCGAGCACCGGGACGAGGCGGUGGACUUUGUGGAGCGCUCGGAGUUGUGGGUGCUGCCGUCGCCGGGCAGGCCGGGCUCCACGGGCGAGGAGAGGAGCAGCACGAAGGCCAAGGACAUUCCCAUCCCCCAGCUGCCUCCACUGGAGAUGCCCACCCAGGAGAUCCCCUUAGACCAGCUGCCAGCCCUGGAGCUCCCCGAGGACAUCCAGCACCAGCUGCAGGAGAUACUGGAUGCGGAGAAGCUCUGAGGAGCAGAGAGAGGGAUGGAGGGGAGGAUUGAAAGAUAGCGAGAGAGGGACAGCUAGAGGGAUUAUGGGAGGAAUGAUGAUGUCCAGAGUUUUGACGUCUUGAGGGGAGCUGCUGUGCUGUCAGUGUCAGAGUGACAGAUACACACACACACACACCGAGCGAGCAGACGCUUGACUGUGUGUGACUGCGCUGUGUAGUGCCAAGCUCUCACACACGCGCACACACACACACACACUCACACACACACACACACACACACACACACACACACACACACACACACACACACACAUUCUACAAAAAGGGAGUCCAGGAAAGGACUAGGUCAGAGCUGUGGCAUAGAAUCCCAUUAGCAGCACGAUGACCAUAACCAAGAUGGUGUGUUGUUUGCUGAAGAGCUUCAGCACUCCCCUUCUCUCACUCCUCUCAUGUCCUCUUGCCCUCGUGGGUGCAUUUCAACAUUUGAUGUCUGCAGGUGGACACUAUGAGCCUCUAGUUCUUCUUUUGUACACAGUGAAUCGAAAUGGACGGAGCUUUUUACCUGUUGCCACUACUAGGACUGCUGCAAAAGCUCCCGUUAUGUUUUCUCUGUUCGUUGUUUGAUGAGAAUAGUCACGACAAGACAAGACAAUUUUGGGGUGCGAGUCGGUUGUUGAAGCAUGGCCGUCUGAGUGCAGAUGUCCAGAUGCACUUCUCUCCUGUUUUUUUUUCUUUUCUUAAAUUUUCCUUCCUUCCCGUGUGUGUGAGCGAUGUCCUUGCAUGUGAGGGAGGAAAGGAAACGUGAUCAAUCAAUCAAACAUAUUUCGUUUUUGAAAUCCUAAUGACUGAAAUCUAUUUGACUUUUUUUGACAUAUUUACAUGUUGGAAACACAACAUGUAGCCAGUGUGUCCUGCCAUGCAGCAGUGAUAUUUGUUUUUAACGUGGCUAAGGGGAGCGAGCUGGCUUCCUGUUUGUUUGGCGUGUGUCUAAAAAAAGGCCUCCCAGACACUACGCAAGUCUCUCUCUCUCUCUCUCUCUCUCUCUCUCUCUCUCUCUCUCUCUCUCUCUCUGUCUCUCUCUCUGUCUCUCCUGUUCUCUCCUGUUCUCUCACACCCUCUAUUGGUCAUCUCUGGGAAACGCAAGUGUGUCCUCCAUUCAAACAAACACAAAUGCUCAAAAGCAGACACUGUGCCUUUUUCAAAUAGACAAAACAUAACUUCUCACCCAUUUUGGUAUAAUACCAUGGUUGCAGUGAGACACCACAUAUGGAUUGGAGACAUGACGGUGGCAGUAGGGUUGCUUUUUUUUUUUUUAAAGGUUUUAUUUUAUUUUGCUUCUUGAAAUGGCCCUUCCAAGCACAGACAACAGACAUUACACCUGGACCACUAUAAGGGACUGCAGUGUUACCAGAGGGGAAAUUGGCAGGUUUUUUUUUUUUUGGCUUUGUGAUCUUACAUAGCUAAGCGUCUUUUUUAUUGUUUUUAUUUUCACCAACAGGACAGCUGAUAAGCACUGUGAACAACAUCCUCACUGUGUGUGUGUGUGUGUGUGUGUGUGUGUGUGUGCGCGCGUGCGUGCAUGCGUGCGUGCGCGUGCACAUUGGCUUGGUGUGUGUGUGUUUGCUGGUGUGAGACUGUGGGGGUUGUUUUGGGAGAGCAGAGUGCUUUGGGUUAUCAAUGGCCUCCUUGGAAACACCCAUUGUGUAGUUGUUGUGUAAGUGAAUUGUAAAUUGUGAGUGUCUGCUCAAAGUGAAAGGCACGUUUAUGUCCCCUUUUGUAUCCAGUGAUUGGCAGGUGUCUAGUUUUUGCAGUCUCAAACUUUGGUCCUCCAUGCCGCCUCAACAGCUGCCUCAGCCUGAUCUCACAGAAUUUUAUGAAAAGGACAUGAAAUCUGUGACCGUUUCACAGAUUUAGCCAAAAUUCCGUGUUGGGGUCAAGGACGUGUUUUCUGUGAUGGACUUGCAGAAGUGCUUUCUAUAUGUUCCCACAGCACAAUGUUGAGUCUUCAUUUGAAAACUGACAACCUGGUGGUGGAAUAGCCUACCAUUUCCAGUUGGUUAAUACCAAAUUAUAUUACUUACCAAAAGAAUGCUAUAGCAGUUUGUGCCCAGACCAAAACAAUCCUUAACCCUAACCUGUCUGUAAAGACUUUUUUGUGUUGAGAAAUGCCCUUUCUAGGAGGUUUAGGCUACCAAAUUCUUGUAUUAAACAAAAUAAUACUAGAAUAGUAGUAUAAGCUAUGCCCAGACCAAAACAAUCCCUAACCUUAAAGGUGCACUGUGUUUUUUUAGCAGUGUCUUUCCAGACUUCAUGCUGCCCAUUCACAAGUUAACUUUUUGAUUAAUACUACUUAGCACCACAAUCAAAUUCUAAGAAGUCAUUAUGACUUUGAAAAUUGUACAUUUCAUACAUGAAAAGGGGAUCUUCCAUGUCCGCCAUUUUAAAUUUCCAGAAAUAGACAUUUCUAGCUGCACAACAUACUGUACUUGGGUCAUACUUUUAAAUAUUAGUUUAUUAUUUAGGAAAUAUUCAUGAAAAGAUCAAAUUUGGCAGUUUCAAUGAGCAGCAUAUUUGUAAUACGUACACUGGCCACCAUUCUACACAGUGCACCUUUAACCUGUCAGUAAGAAAUGUUUUUUUGAUUAAAAAAAAAAAUCAGAUAAUAUAAGUUGCAACAUAAGGCUGAGGGGAAUAUAAAGAAAUCGCUGCUGCAAUCCAAGAUUGGAAUUUUGACAACCUGUAAAACUACCACAUAUUUUGUGUUAUAAUGGUCUUUUUUCAUUAAACAGGAUUCUGUGAGAUCAUGUUGGCCAUCUUUUUUCAACUAGUCAAAUGCUGCCAGAGGCAUUUUAAGCAUCCCAUUUCUUUCAUUUGAAAACUUUUUUUUUAUUUUUUUUUUAAAGAAGGAAUGUUUAAUCAUUGUCCAGAUUU